CUUAUAAAUUUCAGGAAUGGUACGGAAAUGGACCAAGAUUGCCACUUUUAUCUUUAAGGCUGAUACGAUUAACAACCACCAGUACUUUUGCCGGAAGAUGGAAUCCACAAAUCUUUACAGAUUAUCGAGAUGAUCUGUUCACUCUUAUACAAUCAAUUUACAUUCACUUAAAUAAGGAUUAUAUAUCACAAGCACUUGUAAACAAUAUUGAAGACCCGAAUCAUGUUAUCUCAUUCUGGGAUAAAGUAUUUGUAGAUGAGUGGAAAAUUGU